AUGAUGCUUCGCUGUGCGAUGAAAUGCUUGGACUGUGACUGCAACGUCUCCGACAUUGUGGAUGUUCACGACGCCUUCGCUGAGGAAGUGAUCGCCCCUGUCCCUGUCCAAGCGUGUGCCCGCCCAACACGCGACAUGAUGGCUCACACGAUGGGACACGGCGCUGCUGCCUCUACGUGGCGACCCAAAAAACCGACUCCAAAAGCAACAGAACUACCCUGGCAACUUUCAUCGCGGGAAGUCCGUGAUACCGUGUUGUUGUCUGGGCGUUUCACCAAGGCGGACAAAGUUGCCUACAUGCGGGAUGUUGAGAAAGAGCUCCAGAAAUGCGGGAUCAGAACCUUUAUGGUGAAGGCAGGAGCAGGGCAAGAUUUUGGAGUACUCACUGCGAUGGGUCUGCACCGUGCGCGAGCCAUGGUGGCAUUCUGCACCUCAACGUAUGGGGAAAGGACUCGGGUAGGAUAUGAAACCUAUCAAGAGCUCAAGUAUGUACAUGAGAAUGGAGAGGAUGGGGCGAAGAUUGCACUCCUUCCGAUCAAGCUCGCCGAGGUGUACCCGCCUUGUCCCCCUGAUGAAGUGGGCAGGAGUUUGUGCAGGUUGGCAUUUUCCAGGAGCCUCGUGUAUGUUGAUGGACUUCUUGACGGAACAUCGUACAAGCAAGCCGAGGACGUGGCCAAGCUCAUUGUCGAAAGCCUCAGGCGCAUGAACCUCCUUCAUGAGGUUACAAAAUAG